AUGAAUUCAAAACUGAAACUGGAGGUCGUUAAUUCUUCUCCAAGUCGCUCCACAAAUGGAGUUGGAUCGUCUUCUAUUCAUCAACAACAACAAACACCCUCCUCAUCAUCCUCAAAUUUUCACUUGCCUGAAUUAAAACCUGUGAUUAACAAUAAUGGUAAUCAUCACGAUGGUGCUAAUGAAAGUCAAAAUGUUUCUACUGAAGAAGAAAUUAGCGCUUAUGACCGUCAACAACAACAAAUUGAAAUUGCUAUAGCUGCAGCUAUAAAUGGAGGAAGUAUUACCAGUCCUUUCCGUGAAAGUGAUGGUGGAGGUGGUGCUUCUUCCUCUUCAUUUACUUCAAGUAAUGAUGAAUUUUUGCAUCGUUUAGUUAAUGCUGUUAGAAGAGAACCUUGUUUAUAUAAUCCAAAUGAUGAACAUCAUGGAAAUAAACAUUCUAGUGCGCAAUACAGGGCUGCUGUUUGGCAAAGACUUGUAAAAGAAUUAAAUUACCAUGAAGAUGCCCAUUCUCUCCAAACUCAAUGGAAACGUCUUAGAGAGCGUUAUGUUAGAGAAAGACGAAGAAAAGCUGCAAAAGAUUUUUUUGAUCCCCUUACUGGAGGUGUUUCUUCUGUCAAAAAUUUUCAUUUGAUGCAUUGGAUAGAUGAAUUCCUUCCUGAUUUAUCCAAUAAUCAAUCUUCGUCAUCCAAUUCUUCAAACAAUGUUUCUAUGCACUUGCCUGGUACAAGUAUUUCUGACCGACAACAACAUCAACAGCAGCAAUAUUUUGAGCCACUUAAUAACGGUUUUGGAAAUAUUGGAAUUUGUAAAUCUUCAUUAAAUGGUCCAUCAACAUCUGCAAUUGGUACCAAGAAAAAUGAAUCAACAAACGGGUCGCCAAGUUCAACAAGCAGUGAAACAAGUACAAUCUCUGGAGGGGGAGGACAGCAACAACAAAUAAUUUUACCUAAUUUGAGGCAUCAAAUAAAAUCUGAAAUUAAUGGUGGAAGUGCCUUUUAUUCUACUGGAAAGGCGAAUCAAUUAAUGUACAAAUUGAGAGAAGAAUUGGGCCUUAGAAUGCCUCCAGUGAUUGGACUUGUAAAUAAUAUUGGACAAGAACAGCAACACCAACAGCAACAUCUCAAUAUUAGUCCUCAUCAAUUACAAAUGCCAACGGAAACAUUAAGGCCGAUUUCAGCUGAAUGUUAUCAACAAAUUGGGAUUUUACCUCAACAACAACAUUCCAUUCAAGAUAUUCAAAAUGAUUAUUUUCAUCAACAACAACCAUCUUCGUCAGCAUCUGCAACAAAUGAAGCAGCUAUUUCUUCUCCUUAUUUAAAUAGAAGAAAACGAUCAGCUUUGGAUAGUUUAAUGCUUUUACAACAACAACAAUCAACAAAUAAUGAAAGAAUUUUACAAAGAAAUAAUAAUAAUAGAACAAAACAAGAGCAACAACAACAACAAAUUAUUGCAGAAUCUGAACAUUUACUUAUUCAACAACAGCAACAACAACAAAUUCCUUCAAUAGCUUUAGCUAUACAUAAUAAUCAACAACAACAACAUCAUUUACCGUCACCACAUCAGGCUCCAUCAGUUCAUUCAAUUAGAUCAUCAAAUUCAAAUGGUUCAACAUCUUUACAACAACAACAAAAUAAUUUAAAUAAUUUAUUAUUACCUUCAACAUCAUCAACAAUAACUGUUGGUCAACAACAACAAGCAAGUUCAUCUACUACAAACACAACAAUUAUACCUCAACAACAACAACAACAAUUAUUUCAACAACAAGAAGAAAUUGUUGAAAAUGAAGAAGGAAAUUUUAUUGAAAUGAUUGAAAGUUGUUACAAAAAUGAAUAUUCAACGAAUAUUAAUGGAUGCACGUUUUGGUAG